AUGUCUCUUUUAACAGAUACCAUUGUCGUAACAAUUUCUCAAAUCGCUUUUUUUCUUGGUGGUUGGAUGUUCUUUGUACGACAACUUGGGUUAAAUUAUGGUGUGAGAAAUCGUUUUGUUAUUCUUUCAUUUGCAUUAAUAUUUACAUUAAGUUGUAUGAUGUUUGAAUUGAUUAUUUUUGAAAUUCUUGCUUUAUUAAAACCAACGUCAAGAUAUCUUUAUUGGCAUAUUGUUUUAUAUUCUAUGCUUUUUCUACUUGUUUUUCUUAUACCAUUUUAUAUUGCAUAUUUAUUAUUGAAUACAGUUAAAAUUGUUCGAGAUUUUCGUCUUGUUUUAUUGUUUACAUUAAUUGCAUGGUGUUUUUAUUUAUAUGUAUUUUGGAAAUUUGGAAAUCCAUUUCCAAUAUCAAACCGAAAUGAAUUUUUUAGUAUUGAAUUUUGUAUAAGUCGUGUAGGAAUUAUUGGUGUAACUGUUAUGGCUAUUUUAAGUGGAUUUGGUGCUGUUAAUUGUCCAUAUACAUAUAUGACUUAUUUUAUUAAGUCGAUGACUGAUAAAGAUAUAACUGAUGCACAAAAACGUUUAAAACAAGUUAUGGAUGUAGUUGUAACAAAAAAGAAACGUAUUGCUCUUAUUGAACAUGAAAAUUUCAUGAGAACGAUGACUGCAAAUGUUAAUUCAACUAAUCCAUGGCAUAUUCUUCGACGAACAUUUACUUCUCGUUUUGAAAAUCCAUUAAUCAAUCAUAUAUCAUCUGCAGAUAGUGAUAUCAAUUCAAUUAAACAAGAAAUAUAUAUCUAUGAAGAAAUUUAUACACAAUUAUAUACUGAUCUUGUUGAUUUAAAUGAAUUAAAAGAACGUAUUGAAUAUUCUAAAACAUUACAAGGAAAAUAUUUUCAUGUCGUCGGACAUUUUUUCUCUGUAUAUUGUAUAUGGAAAAUUUUAAUUUCAUCUAUAAAUAUUAUUUUUAAUCGAGUAGGAAAAGUUGAUCCGGUGACAAAAAGUAUUGAAUUAACAGUUCAUUAUUUUAAUUUCGAAUUUGAUGUACACUUUUGGUCACAAUAUGUAUCAUUUAUAUUAAUCGGUAUUAUGGUUGUAACAAGUAUUCGUGGUUUAUUAAUAACAUUAACAAAAUUUUUUUAUUUCAUAUCAAGUAGUCGUUCAUCAGAUGUUAUUUUUUUAUGUCUUGCUCAAUUAAUGGGAAUGUAUUUUGUAUCAUCUGUACUUCUUCUUCGAAUGAAUAUGCCAGCAAAAUAUCGGCAUAUUAUUUCACGAGUUCUUGGUGAUUUACAAUUUAAUUUUUAUCAUCGUUGGUUUGAUUGUAUUUUUCUACUGUCGGCAUUAUUUAGUAUUGGAAUUCUUUAUUUACAUCAUCGAUCAACUCAACAAUCACUAUCACUUUAUGAUAAAACUGUACAAAAGAUAAUAUUCAAAUUUGCAAUUAUCAUUGUAUUAAUAACAACUACGUAUGCAUUAUGUUCAAUAAGUGAAAAACCAAAACAAACUAUUGACUGUCUUCAAUUUUUAACAACAGCACUUUAUGGAGUUACUAUGAAUGAUGUAAAAAUGAUAUGUAAUGUAGCCGUAAAUAUUACCCAAUGUGUAAGCAAAGAAUUAGAUGGUUGUAUUGCUGCAGAACUUGGUCAAGCGGCACUUGCUGAAGUUAUAAGUUUAGCUGAACAUUGUUGUCCUGUUACAAGCCAUGAAAAAUGUCCUAUUCGAAAUGGUUUAUUUCAAGGUGCACGUUGUUUUGCUGCCGAUUCUUUUGUUACUUUAUCUAAUGGAAAACUAAAACAAAUCAAUGAAUUACAAUCAGAUGAUAUUGUUUUUGCUUAUAAUGAUCAAACAAAAACAAUUGUCACUACUCCUAUAAUAACAAUGCUUGAUAAUCGACCAAAUCAAUUCGCUAUGUUCAAACAUUUAACUACAGUUUCUGGACAAGAAUUAUCUCUUACAUCAUCUCAUCUUCUCCUAACUGAUAUUCAUGGUUAUAUUAUGGCAAAAAAUAUUCGUGUAGGUAUGAAUGUAUUUGUUAUGAAUAAUAAUGGUUUAUUAUCUAAUGAAACUAUUUCAAAUGUAAUCGAUAUUGUUAAACAAGGAUAUAUUGCACCAUUAACUCAAGAAGGGACAUUAAUUGUUAAUAAUAUUGUAGCUUCAUGUUAUGCAACAAUUAAUAAUCAUUAUUUAGCUCAUGCUGCAUUAGCACCUAUGCGAUGGUGGUAUAAUUUCUUUGGAAAAGAAACUAUUUCAAAUGAAAACAAUGGAAUUCAUUGGUUUCCAAAAAUGCUUUAUGCAAUGACAGCAUAUCUUAUGCCUUCAAUUAUUCAUAAAUAA